AUGAAUGCAAUUAAAAAAUUUGGAGGAGUUAUCAUUUAUGGUAAUAAAAACUGUAACGUCCGAAUGUUAGCAUGUGACAAAGCGAAAUGUGGUGCCGUUACUACGACGAGAAAAAACGAAAACGAAAUAAACGAAUUAAAAAUUGAUGUUAUUAAUACGACAAGAAAAAGCGAAAACGAAUUACAAAAAAUAAAAUGUGAUGUCAAAAAUACAACAAGAAAUGAAGAGAACGAAAGAAACGAAAUAAAACAUCAGGACUUCACAGCAAAGUUCGACGGAAAAAAAUGGACGGCAUCAUGGAACUGGAAUAAAAAGCCUGUAAUUGAUAAUACCAUUUGUGAAUACAAGAUGAACCAAGAGCACGAACGUAGUUACCGUAAAGAAAUAAGUGAAUGGAUUGACUCUGGUAUUAUUGUGCCAUAUAACGAACUAAUAUUGGGACCACCAAAAGUAUUGAUACCGCUUAUGUGCGUAGUGCAAGAAAACAAGGACAAAAAGGUACGUCCAGUGGGAGAUUUCCGAGCUCUCAACGAAUUUGUAAAUUGUCAUACGGCAAAUGCGGACGUUUGUCAAGAAAAACUGCGUUGCUGGAGAAAAAUAAAAAAUGCAAAUAUUCUCGAUCUCAAAAAAGCCUACCUCCAAAUUCAUAUUGAUAAAAAACUUUGGCCAUAUCAAACGGUGAUUAUAAAUGGGCAACGGUAUUGUUUUACCAGGAUGUGUUUUGGCAUCAAUGUGGCUCCAACAAUAAUGACCACAAUUCUUCGGCAUGUGCUCAAUUUAAAUCCAACCGUAAAAAAAACAUGUAAUAACUACAUUGAUGAUAUAUUUGAGGAUGAAAGUGUGGAAACUGCGAAAAAUGUAGCGAAGCAUCUGCUUAAAUUCGGAUUACAAUGUGAACCUCCACAAGAUCUUGAACAAGGACGUGUCUUAGGAUUGAGAGUCGAAAGAAAUAAAAAUGGGGAACUGAUAUGGAAACGAGACAAUGUGGUACAAUUCGAAUCUUUAAAUGCAGUCACACGAUCACAGCUUUUCAGCCAGUUAGGCAAACUUAUUGGACAUUACCCAGUGGCAGGAAGUUUGCGUUUACAAGCUUCAUACAUCAAACGUUUAGCUGGAAAUAUACCUUGGUGUGAUUUUAUUUCUAAAGAUUGUAAAGAAAAACUGAAAGAGUUGCUUUACCGUGUGGAAAAAGAGGAUCCGGUUGGACUUGGGGUAGUUCUGCUCAUUGGUGGAGUAGUUGUUGAAGACGCAGUAUGGCUACGGCCAGCGAGUGACACACACCAUAUCAAUAUAAGUGAACUGGAUUCUAUACUUCGAGGACUAAACUUAGCUAGUAAGUGGGGCAUAAAAGAGUUAACAGUAUACAGUGAUAGCAAGAGCACCGUAGGAUGGUUAAACGCAGUUUUGAAGGAAGAAUAUCGCGUAAAAACUCGAGGAAUUUCUCAAUUGUUAGUACAAAGACGAUUGAAUACUAUUAAGGAAGUGGCAAAAGAUAUUCAGAUUGCAGUACAAUGGAUUCCAUCUAAGAUAAAUUUGGCUGAUCGACUCUCACGAAUCCCUCAAAAAUGGUGCAGAAAAGUGUGUGCAGCUGGAUUACUUGAACAAAAAGACAUAUGGAAAAUUCAUUCAAUUGGUCAUUUUGGUGUUGCUCGAACAUUACAACUUUGCUUGCGAAAUAAUCAGAAUGUAUCACGUAAGGAGGUUUCAGCAGUAAUUGCGAGUUGUGUAACCAGUGUAACUCCAUUGAUCCUUACUCCGUAA